AUGAAAAUACUGGUAACAUUAUCCGCAGUGCUUGCACUUACGUUUGCUCUUCCACAAAGGAGAGUAUCGUUGAGGCCAGGAUUGAACGAGCAACAGACAAAUGAAGAAAACUACGAAUACAAAACAGAAUACGUACAAUCAGAGUAUAGACCGCUCAAGCCCAUUGAAGAUUUCAGAUCAAAAGACCAAGACUUAGAGACCUCCACGGUUAUUCCUAUCAUAAGUUUUGAUAAAGAACAGGAAAGCGAUGGAAGCUAUAAGACUUCAUACGAAACUGGUAACCACAUCUACGCCGAAGAACAGGGUUACUUUAAGGCAAUCGGAGAAGACAAAGAUGCGUUGGUACAACAAGGUUCAUAUUCUUACACAGCCCCUGACGGUCAAGUCAUCAACGUCGAAUACACCGCUGACGAACUUGGCUUCAGGGUGAAGGGUGAUCACAUCCCAACCCCACCACCAGUAUCACCUGAAAUUCAAAAAGGCCUUGAUCUCAUUUACGCAGGCAUUCAAGCAAAUAAGGAACGCGCUGAGAUAGAAGCCAGGAACAACCCUGAAGCAGCCAAGCAGCAAGAAGAGAAAGCAGCUCUUGACUACAAAGGUCUCUACUACGAGCAGUAG